AUGAGUUCCAAGGUUUGCGAUGUGUAUACAGGUACUACGACUAGUAAUGUCAAAAUUCCUCAUCCGCCUAGUGGACUGCUCGCUCUUCCGCUUCCGCUCCCGCUCCUUCUCUCUCCUUACCCAAACCAUUGCACCACCUGCACCUGGGCACCACCAUGCCCUCACGCCAAAUCCUCGCCACCCUAUUUGGGUCCCUGGGCAAUUCCCGCUGGACCCUCACCCGUGUCCUUCGCAGCGACAACCCCCCUCGACUUCAAUGGCGAAUUGCGGGGCACUGCCACCUUCUCCGCCCUCCCCUCCGACCGCGACUGGCUCUACAGCGAAGAAGGCGAGAUCCCCAGUUCCAUCGGCGGCGCCGCAGCCGUAGUCGGACUCCGCUGGACGAAAAAAUAUAUCUGGCGAACAAACGAGUCCGGCCGGAUCAGCGUGUGGUUCGUCAAGGUCACCCCGGGCCCUGACGAGGCCGAUUACCUUUUCCACAACUUUGAUUUCAACGAGACAACUCUUCCUGGAGGAAAACAAGCGCCAUCUACUGCCGAAUCCAACCCUGAGUUCGUCAAGCCCCCAACCCCUCCGACCACUGAGGCAUCUGACGCAACGACCAUCCUCGAGGCGCAAGGAAACCAUCUCUGCAUCAAUGAUAUGUACCGCACAGCUUACUCCUUUCGCAUUCGUCCCGAGACAGGCGAGGUCCUGAGCUGGGCAAGUCGACACGUCGUCAAGGGUCCAAAGAAAGACCAGGAUAUUGUCAAUUGCUACCAACGGUUGGAAUGA